GAUAUAUAAACUUGUCGAAUACGUCACAGUUCACACUCACUUUGUAGUGAUUAUCAAGUGACACUAAAACGCAAUUUGUCGCGUUUAUAUUUCUUCGUAUACAGGUUAAAGUCAAGUAAUAAUCACGAUAAACAAUAACUAUCGCGACGAUGGCUAUAAAUCCUGCGAAAGCUAUACUCCGGCAAGGAAGAACCGCACUGUUUAUAUGCGAUGUCCAGGAAAAAUUUGUGAAGGCCAUAUUCCAAUUCGAUAAAAUAAUUCAAAACUCAACGAAACUGAUUAGCGCUCUAAGAAUUUUGAAUGUGCCUAUGCUGGUGUCCGAACAGAAUCCAAAAUCUUUGGGGAAGACUAUUCCUGAACUUGAUAUCUCUGGAGCUAAGGGACCUUUCGCAAAGAUGCAAUUUAGUAUGUGUACUCCUGAAAUUAAUAAAGAGCUUGCGACACUUUGCAAUGGACAAAAACCAGAGUCUAUCAUACUCAUAGGUGUCGAAACACAUGUCUGUGUAGAAAAUACAGCUGUUGAUUUAAGACAAUAUGGCUAUGAAGUUCAUACUGUGGCAGAUUGUUGUUCGUCACGUACUCAAGAAGACCGAUUACUAGCUUUGGAGAGAAUGCGAGACAUAGGAUGUCACAUAACCACUUCUGAAAAUGUUAUAUUCAAGCUUAUACGAGAUGCAAGCAGUGAACAAUUCAAACCUAUACUAUCUCUUCUCAAAACACCAUCUUCAUACACAGGGUUAGUUCCUGUCUCAAAGAUAUAAUUUGAAAAGAUUUUUUGGUAUUUCUUCUAUGUACACAUUUUAUACU